AUGUUCCCCGCUGACUGUACCACGCACGUCUGUCCUUUCAUCUUGCAGUAUUUAAAGCCAAGCCCACCUCACCCCAAGGGCCCAAAACGGCCCCAGGUCCAGGACGGCGACGCAUGCGGAUCUGAGAGUCGCCCCGAGAUAAGCUACCUACACUACCGAACAAAUUCUCAUGAACGCUAUCAGUCUAUUGCUCGCCUCACCAACGUUGUUUCUCGGGAUUUGCUCAUGCUCAGUCGGGAACAACAACCGCCUUAUUGUACUGCCGUAAACCUUCAUCCCGGGCUUACAACACGUGGGCUGAACUGGGAACUGAAAGGACCCUUUUAUGACGACAAGAAGCAUACCGUUGUCGCCAUAUUCCCACCGGCUACCUCCUCCGGUACCAUCCCCACCCUCCACUUCCCACGGGUUCGGAUGCUCCCUCUCCAACCUCACGCCAUCAUACGGAUUCCUACCCGAACUCACAAUACCAUCCAGGCGGAAAAUCUGAACCCUUUCCUUAGCCCCUUCAUUACAACACCAUCUAAAAUGGGCAAAAACUUCCUUCCGUUGCUCUUGACAAUCCUUAUACAGCCCGAGUUAUGGAACUUCGGCGACCACCGGUUUCCAUCGGCGGUGCUCACCGUAGUCAAACGCCGGCAACUUACCGGUACCUGCUGCCGGCCACCGGCAUCAUUAUGGCUUAGUGCGUGUAUACCGGGAACCCUCCGUCGCUGUGCUCAAGAGCUACAACAUCGACCUGCUUGGCGCCUUCAGCGAACCCUCUCCCCCCCCGACAGUCAUGGUCUAUCCGUUUGGGCCGUCGCCGGUCUCUAUGUAGACCACCUUCAUAACACUGGAUACAAUACAAUUUCCCCGCAGCCGGCCAUUCGCACAUCAUCUGUCGUCAAAUCGACUCAUAUAGUACAAGAAAAUUGA